AGAGAGAGAGAGAGAGAGAGAGAGAGAGAGGGGGGGGUUCGGAAUAAAUAAGAGAGAUCUACUAUUUUUAUUAAUCAUUUUGUUUAGUUUUCAUUUUCAUUGUUUUUAUGUUUUCAUUUUUUUCAUGUUUUCAUUUUUUUUCCGGAGUCUACAACUUUACCCCGGAAUGUCAAUUUUUACCUUUCGUGAUAUGUUUCCUGUUAGAAUUGAGACACCCUGACAAUUCGACAAUGUAUCUAUUUCGAAAUAUUAUGGCGUCGCAGUAUGUUUAGUAUGUGUAUGAAAUAGUGUGCAAUGACAGGUUGACUUCGUUACUUGUGGAUUCAUCGAAAUCACACGAGGAAGAGAUGUUGCUAUAGCCCGAGAUGUCUGCACGGUACAUGAAACUCCCGACUUCAGACCAACAGGACGAAGUUAGAAUCGAUUUUUCCUCAACCUUUAACUACUCCAGUGGUGCCAGUCAGAAUGUGCCCAUCAACCCGGACAAGUACCGAUCGGCUUUCUCCUUCUCCGAGUCGCCAUACAGUGCAUACAUCAAAGAUGUCGAGUUUACGAGAGGUAAAGUUAAGCAGCCAUUGCUGGGUCGGGUGUGCCAUUUCUUCCUGACUGCCUGCUGUAUUUUUCUGCUGGUUCUCACUUUUCCUGUCAGUGGCUGGUUCUGCUUCAGGAAACUUGGGGAAUAUGAGCGAGUUGCUAUCUUUCGAUUGGGACGACUAGUCGAGAUUAAAGGACCGGGUGUGGUCUUUAUUUUGCCAUGUGUGGACAAUUGUAGAAAUGUGGACAUGAAGCUUAAGGCAUUCAAAGUCCCUCCACAACAGCUGAUUUCAUCAGACCGAGGGGUGGUGGAGGUAGGAGCUGAUGUUUUUUACAAAGUGGUGAACGCGGAGCAAUUUGUCUUACGUCUUCAGGAUGUGGACUCUCCGUUACGGACUCUCGUCAUGGCGUCCCUGAAAAACAACUUUGUCCGGAGGGAUGUGGAGGACAUGCAGACGAAUAAACUGCUAAUCGCUGCCAAUAUCCAGGAGGACACAAAUGUUACAACCAAAGAUUGGGGCGUGGAAGUUGUCAAGUUGGAGAUACCAUUGAUAAAAAUAAUGCAUGCCCCAGAGCCUCGGAACCCCCUGGCCAGCUUGGGCCUGGGCGGGGAUCUUCCGAACACCUUCCAGCAGCUGGCUACCAUGUUCAUGCAGAAAGCAAAAGACUCCAGCCCCAAUAAGCCUAGUGAGGCACAGGGUGCUACUCCCGAACCUCCCACACUCCCAACUGUCAUGGCAAUCUCUCCAGAUGGCGCUGCUGGUGAUAUAGAGGGCGCUCCUUCUCCAAGGGAGGUAAUCCGAAUUGCCAAAGAUAUGAUCACAGAAUCUACAGUCAGACAAAAUGGUUAUGUCUACCUGUUUCAACUGGAUGGAGAAAAUGGUGGACUCUUUUACCUAGAUCUCAAAAACGGAAAUGGAGGUGCAGGAGAAGGUCUGCCCCCUGGUGGUGAACCUGAUGUUACGUUGACCUUGUCUGUGUCAGAUAUGCAGAACAUGUUUAUGGGGAACACUAAACCUUUGCAGGCCUACAUGAGUGGAAGACUGAAAGCAUCAGGAGAUCUGUCUGCAGCCUUAAGUUUAGAUGACUUUGUGAAAAAAGUAGUGGAAAAAAUUAAAUCAGAUCCAAAGGAAUCAGGGGAUAGAUUUCCUUAUAUAUAAGUGUGGUAGAUUUCCUUCUGUAAAAGUGUGGUAGAUUUCCUUCUGUAUAAGUGAGAUAGAUUUCCUUAUAUAUAAGUGUGAGAGAUUUCCUUCUGUAUAAGUGUGGUAGAUUUCCUUCUGUAUAAGUGAGAUAGAUUUCCUCAUAUAUAAGUGUGAGAGAUUUCCUUCUGUAUAAGUGUGAGAGAUUUCCUUCUGUAUAAGUGAGAGAGAUUUCCUUCUGUAUAAGUGUGGUAGAUUUCCUUUUGUGUAAGUGAGAUAGAUUUCCUUCUGUAUAAGUGUGAGAUUUCCUUCUAUAUAAGUGAGAGAGGUAGAGUUCCUUCUGUAUAAGUGUGGUAGAUUUCCUUCUGUAUAAGUGUGGUAGAUUUCCUUCUGUGUAAGUGAGAUAGAUUUCCUUUUGUAUAAGUGAGAUAGAUUUCCUUCUGUACAAGUGUGAAAGGUAGAGUUCCUUCUGUGAAAGUGUGAGAAGUAGAUGAUUUAUUUAUGCUUAAGAAUGGACCACAUUACUAUUUUUAAAGUAUUCUGGCAUUACUUUGUGUUUGAAUUAUUUUGUCUGUGCUAGCUUUUCAUGGAAUUCCAAGCCAAGUUGGUAAUUGAAAUCGGAGUUAAAAAAAACGUGUUGACUAUUCUGUAAGUGAAAAUGUUUGAUUUCAAUAGAUUUUGUCAGGAGACCUAAUCUUGUCUUUGCAGAUCAUGUACUUUCUACCAAUUUUUUUAAAUUUUAUUUCAUUAGUUUAGCUAAAUGCAAGUAUUUGGAUAAGGUUUCAUUGUUAAAUGUUUCUGAAAAGAAUGCACUUCCUAAUGAUUUAACUUCCAAAAUAACCUCAUGGAUAAUUGUUGACUGGCUUUUCUUUGAAAACCGUUUUUAUCUAAUUUUACUAUGUAUACUUUAACCAUUGUGAUUUGUGUGUUAUUUAUGUAAGGCUGAACAAGCAUGCCUUUAAAUUAUUGUACUUUACAAGUGUGUCAUAUCAUUUGUAGUUUUUAAAAGUUUUAUUUAAAUAAACCAUAAGCACGUUUUA